AUGCCCUCGGAUACUCACGAAAGCGCUCCUACGCCGGUCGGAUAUGAGCAAGGACCGGAGCCCUCCCGACCAGCAUCUCCCAGCGCGCCGUCAACACAGAAGCUCUUCGGCGUGCCUGCGCCGGUGAAACGGGUCUUCGAUCGCUUUCCUCUAGUGUCAUAUCCAGCAGAAGAAGUUCCCGGCAGUGUACAUAAAAGCGGAACCUCUGAGCGGAAUAGGUUGUUUGUUUUUAUUGAUCCUGAGCAAGCAACGAAAGGGGCGCCAUCAUUCAAUCCGCAAUGUCUCAGAUGGCAGGCCUAUCUAAAGUUUGUCGGCAUAGACUUUGAUCUUGUCCCCUCGAACAACCAUGCUUCUCCUACAGGCGCCCUGCCUUUCCUUUACCCAGCCCUACCCGCUGGGACAAUCAGUCCGAUCCCUUCCAAUAAAUUACAAAAAUGGGCCAUUGAGCAAGUUCACUGCGAAGAAGAGCAGCAGCUCAAUAUCAGAUUCGAUGUAUAUGCGUCGUUAUUGGAUCAUCGAAUACGCAAUGCUUGGCUACACCAACUAUACUUGAACGAACGCAACUUUAAUGAAGUGGCUAGGAAACGAUACGUUGAUGCUGCCACCUCCUCAUCUGUCGUGCAGGCAGCGCUCGCUGUCCAACUACAACAAGCAGCUCGGGACGAACUCCUCAAGUACUCAGAAUACAUCAACGUUAAUGAUCUUGAGGCCGAUGCAGAUAACGCAUUCGAAGCUCUUUCUACUCUGCUAGGAACGGAGGAAUACUUUUUUAACCGGAGUCGGCCUGGAUUGUUCGAUGCCAACGUCUUUGCAUAUACGUAUCUCAUAUUGGAUGACACCCUGGGAUGGAAAUACAACCGACUGGCCCAUCUAUUGUCGAAAUACGAGAACCUUGUGCGACAUCGACAACUGCUCUUUGGAAAGUAUUUUGCGUGA